AGGCCUCCAACAAACAAAAGAUCGUAGCCUUCUGAUACAAGGUUGACCUUAGGAAUAGUGGACUUUUGACCCAUCGAGGUACACAUACAUGUACGUGGUAGCUGACAUAUACACCAGUGAGUGCCUCUGCCUGACGGGAAGAAAGUAUAAGUCGAACACUAUCUCAUCAACCUGAAGAACUGACCAAGACGACAACAUGCCGGUGGCCGAGUACGAGUGGAGUGAAACAUUUGACAUCACCCCUGAAGUACAGGCCAACUUUGAUGAACAUGGCUGCUUCAUCGUUAGAGGCUUACUUACAAAAGAAGAGAUGCAGAAGAUCCACAAGGCAGUGGAUCACAGUGAAGGGAUCACCAAACACUCCUACCAGAUCCCAGACGGGAAAGGCAGGAGCUGCGGAUACUGUAUCUGGAGCCACCCUGGUGAUGAUGUCACUGGGAUGGUAGGGAGGGCGGAGAAGGUGGCUGGAUACACGGAAAAGUUGCUAGGAGGACAGGAGGUCUACCACUACCACACCAAACUGGUCAUGAAGGAGCCUCAUUCUGGUGGGAACAUCAACUGGCAUCAGGACUAUGGCUACUGGUACAAGAACGGCAAUCUGUUUCCUGACAUGGCUUCUGUGAUCAUUGCAGUUGACAAGGCAGACAGGGAGAAUGGGUGUUUGCAGUUUCUUCCUGGCUCUCACAAACUGGGGCGUAUUGACCACGUGUUUGUGGGAGGGCAGACUGGAGCAGACAUGAAGAGGGUGGGGGAGGCCAUGAAGAUCUUCCCACUGGAGUAUGCAGAACUGGACGAAGGUGAUGCGCUGUUUUUCCACUGCAACCUGCUGCACAGCAGCGACAAGAACGACUCCCCGCGGCGCCGCUGGAACUUCAUCUGUUCUUAUAACCGCGCCAGUAACAACCCUGUGUACGUGCAUCAUCAUCCACAGUACACACCGCUGCACAAGGUUCCCAACGACGCCAUCUUGAAGUGUGAGAACUUCACAGACAUGACAGGGAAGGAGUUUGUGGACCCGAGCAUGGACAAGACAGUCAAGGCCGACCUCACGACCUUCAAGGGGGACGAAUGAUAGGCUCUGUACUGGUCACCUGAUCAGCUAACAGGUUCUGUACUGGUCACCUGAUCAGCUAACAGGUUCUGUACUGGUCACCUGAUCAGUUAAAAGGUUCUGUACUGGUCACAUGAUCAGCUAACAGGUUCUGUACUGGUCACAUGAUCAGCUAACAGGUUCUGUACUGGUCACAUGAUCAGCUAACAGGUUCUGUACUGGUCACCUGAUCAGUUAAAAGGUUCUGUACUGGUCACCUGAUCAGUUAACAGGUUCUGUACUGGUCACAUGAUCAGCUAACAGCCCUCAGUACUUUGUAGGAACCCAGAAAUUUCAUGUCUAACACUGGCUGGUGUAACUGCAUGAUACUCGGUAAUAUUUCCAACGAAUUGUGUCAAAUUGAUUGAUUGGUUCUGUAGCAUUAUCAUUUCCCUACGUUUCAUUCUCAUCACCACUUGGUAGUGCUGUCACUCCACAAUGUUUAUCACAAAUUGGAACAUUCUUCAACAUUGAGGUCCAUCUGCAGUUAAAACUUUCUGAGAAGACCACUUGACCAGUAAAAUCAAAAUGUAUAAUAUUAUGUGGACAGGACGUGGUCACAAUAGACUGGAUGUUUACUGCAUUGGUCAGGUGGUCCUCACCAGAGAAUAAAUUGUACAUGAUUGUUUAACUGUACAUGUAUGUCUCUUCCCAUUCAGUCCACGUAAUUACAUGUAAUGUAAAUAGGGCAGGAACAGUACAUACAUGUACCUGAGAAACAAGCAGACUUUUUCAAGCUAACUCUUCCACACUAAGACUCUUCCACAAGUUCUACUGAUAAACUAGAGAGGAACUAAGACAAAAUAAAUCAAGACAAAGACAUCCAUUUUCAGAACAUGUGGACCCCAAGCCAGCUUUAUGAUGAAACCAUCACUACAGCACAGACUUUGACUAGAAAAGAAUGGAAGUCAAAAUUUCACAAAAGUGUGCCAUAAUCAUAACUCUAAUAUUCUCCCUGGAAGAAACAACCGCUGCUUAACAUAAACAAAUUGAACAAAGCAUGAGAAGUGCAAGUUAUAUUUCUU